AUGUAUUUGCAUCCAGAUUCCGGCCAAGAUCGCUUCCAGAUCAGACGGAAACCUGCAUCCAAUCCUAAUCUCAGGGGAACGGCACAGGCUCACGCCCCUGGAGGGCCAUCACACGCCGGCACCUCUGCAUGUUUAGCGCCGCAAGUUCCAUGCCAGCCACCCCCCUCGUAUGAAGAGCUAUAUGGUCAAAAACUAUCCGCUCCUGCGCCGGAUACACUCUGGAGACCACGAACGGCCGAUGCAUCACACUCAUCGGCACCGUUGUCCCGGUCUCCAUCUCCAGCUCCCGGGCCAUCUUCGUCAACACUACAGAAAGCAUAUGGCGAAGCCUGCCAUUUUCUGGGAGGUCUCAUCAACCAUCCCACCGAAUCGAACAAACAUGUCACGGUAUUACGACACUCACACGGGUUGGUCUUCUACCGAGGUCCUUCCACCUCGGUGGCUGUCUCGAUCUUUUCCGAUGCCCCCUUGCCACCAGAUCGUACGGUAUGGCUUCAGAAUAAAGGCUGGUCCGGAAAAACCGGGAUGCGAGCAAAAGCGCUUUUUCGAUUAACUGAUAGUUGGAUCGACGUCACUCCCGCAAUACCCUUGCGUGCGGAUCAGGUCGAACCAGGUGACGAGCGCGCGUGGCAGCGAGAUAUCAAGAAGUUUUUCAAAAAGCCACCAGCUCGGGCAAAAGACAAACAUCUCCUGCGAGAAACAAUCGUGGUCCGCAUUCCUGCCGAGGCUGGUGAUGGAUACUUUCAGUUGGUGGUUUGCCAGGGUGCGAAGAAGAAGAUGCUGGCAAACAGUCCAGUCUUCCGCGUCAUCUCGACAUCUGCAAAUCCUCAUUCGAUUCGGGGGGCAAGUCUUAGUACUCUUCCGCUCGAGGUUGGUGCCAUGGUGGUCAGCUUGUAUGCGCAGAGCGCGGCACAAACCGUGAUGGCGCCUGCCACGGCCGUAGUUCAGUCAAAGGUGAAUCGGUACCGUCCAGCUUGGGUGACACAGACCGCGGCCCAAAAGGCAUACGAAGCUAGUGGCAUACGAGACCGGAUCGCUGGGAUUCAUACUGGACUCACCUCGGUUCCAACCAAGGGCCCGUCAAGCGCUGCCGUGCCUUAUCCGAUGACACACGAGACAACUGUCGCCGAGGUCGGUCCACAGGCGCCAUUCCCAAUGUCAUUCAAGGCUCGCACCCAGUUGAAUACAUCAGGUGCCACUGAUCAACCAAAUGACUCAGUAGCUUCAACGACGGUCAGACUGCUCAAAGUUCCAGACUGGGUCCUGGAGCAACUGAGAGGCUACUUCUUCGGGUGGGCUCGAUUCGAAACCAGCGCGGCACAACAAAAAUCAGCCACUCCGACAGCCUGGAGUUCCGCUAUUCUAUCAGUCUCGGCACUGGACCCUCUUCAAGCAGUCCGUGUCAACAUGAGUCAGGCCACAAAACAUGUGAUUCAAAUACGUCUCUUAGAAGACGUACCAUUUCAGACGACUAAGCUUGAAAUUCGCUUAAUGGGCUUCCUUCGCACUGAAAUUCCACCGCCCAUUGGUAAAACCAGCCAGGCGCUGAUUGAAGCUCAAGCCACUGCCGCGGAAGCGGCUCUCCUCGCAGAUGCAUACGACGUGUCUGUUGUGCACAGCACACUCGCGCACCCAGCGUGGGCCCCGGAUUCACAAACAAGAGAAGAGAUGCAUCGCCAGAAUGCCAGCUGGAUUGACAAGACACUGCAAGGGUAUGAGAGUAUCGUGGCCAAAGGGCAGAAAUGGGUUGAACAAGUCCCUUUGCACCGGCUUGGCGUUCGAUCCACCGCAGAUGAAUGGCGAGAACGACAGGUCGCCGUGAACGGUUUCUAUAUUGUGCGAUGA